CCCCCACCCCCACCCUUUCCCGGGGCCCGUCCGCGACGCGCUCUUUGUCUCCCGCGGCCGGGGUGGCGGCCCGGCGGCCCGGCCCGGCGGCGAGGACGUUGCCUGGCGGCGGAGAGCAGCGCGUUCGGACCCCGGCCCCGGCGCCGAGCGACCCUGGCCCCGCGCGCCGGCCCCGCGCUCCGGCCGACCGGCGGCCCCCGCGGGCGCGCGGCUCCUCCGCGGUCCUAGAGCGACUCGGGGCGGCCGCGCUUCCGCUUCCCGUCCCGCCCCCGGCGGCCCCGACCCCCUCCCUGCUUGGCGCCGAGCCCGCAGCCCCCGGCAGCCCGCGACUCCGGCACCUGAGCCCGACUUCGAGCUCCGGGUGCGGCCGCGCGGGCCGAGGGGCCGGCAGGUGCAGGGCGGCCGGCGACGCGGCCGGGCUCCUCGGGCACCGCGUGCCGCCUCGGACCCGCACGCCGGCCGGCAGAGGGCAGCGGCCCCGGGCUGUGCGACCGUGGGCUGGAGUCGGUCCCCGCGCCCAGGGCGGCGAUGGAGCGCGCGGCGGAGCCUUGGGGCGCGGAGCUCCAACGUCCGGAGCGGAGGGAGCAGCUGCGGGGCGCCCGCGCAGGUCUAGGGAGCGAGACUGUGGCGCUUUCCGAGCCUGAGGAGUUCGAACAUACCCCACAGGAGGAUGACUUGAGGUUCAAGGAGGAGGAAGACCUGGCCCCAGGCCACGAAGUAGGAAAUGCCUCUCUCAAACCCGACGGCUUCCAGACCUGGGAUGAUCUGUGGGUGCACAGAGAGGGACUAGGAAAGCCUCGGGAUCGAGGUCCCCGGCUCCUGGGGGAACCCCGCUGGGGCCAGGCUAGUGAUCGGGCUGCUGUGUGUGGUGAGUGCGGCAAGAGUUUUCGGCAGAUGUCUGAUCUGGUGAAACACCAGCGCACCCACACAGGGGAGAAGCCCUACAAGUGUGGCGUCUGCGGGAAAGGCUUUGGGGAUAGCUCUGCUCGUAUCAAACACCAGCGGACUCACAGCGGUGAGAAGCCCUAUAGAGCCCGGCCAUCAGCCCAGGGCCCCCCCAAGAUUCCUCGGUCCAGAAUUCCUGCUGGUGAGCGCCCCACUAUCUGCGGUGAGUGUGGCAAGAGCUUCCGGCAGAGUUCUGACCUGGUGAAGCACCAGCGCACACACACAGGCGAGAAGCCCUAUAAGUGUGGCAUUUGUGGCAAAGGCUUCGGGGACAGCUCUGCCCGCAUAAAGCACCAGCGGACGCACCGGGGGGAGCAGGCCCCCCGGCCAGUGGUGCCCCGCCGGCAGCCUUCUCAAACAGCCUCAGUCGCCACUCAGGGACCCAAAGGCCAGGACAAGCCCUAUGUCUGCACUGACUGUGGCAAGAGGUUCGUCCUCAGCUGCAGCCUUCUGACCCACCAGCGCAGUCACCUGGGGCCCAAACCAUUUGGCUGCGAUGUGUGUGGAAAGGAGUUCGCGCGGGGUUCAGAUCUGGUGAAGCACCUCCGGGUGCACACGGGGGAGAAGCCCUACCUCUGCCCCGAGUGUGGCAAGGGCUUUGCCGACAGCUCAGCCCGGGUCAAACACCUCCGCACCCACAGCGGGGAAAGGCCUCACGCCUGCCCCGAAUGUGACCGCACCUUCAGCCUCAGUUCUACCCUUCUCCGCCACCGCCUCACGCACCUGGAGCCCCAGGACUUCAGCUUCCCAGGCUACCCUCUGGCCCCCCUCAUCCCUAGCCCGCCUCCCAGCUCAAGUCCUCCCCCACCUCCUCUUGGCACCAGCCCCCCGCUGACCCCUCGGAGCCCUUCACACUCAGGUGACGGGCCUUUUGGCCUGCCAGGCUUGGAGCCUGAGCCUGGGGGCCCACGCGCUGGAGAGCCACCUCCACCACUAGCCAUUGAAAAGCCCCACAAGUGCCCUGACUGUGGCAAGGGCUUCCGCCGAAGCUCGGACCUCGUAAAGCACCAUCGUGUGCACACGGGGGAGAAGCCCUAUCUUUGCCCUGUGUGUGGCAAAGGGUUUGCCGACAGCUCGGCCCGGGUCAAGCACCUCCGCACCCACCGUGGUGAGCGGGCCCGGUCACCACCAGCAUCCACUCUCCUGAGGCCACAUAACCCCCCAGGCCCAGCCCCCGUGGCCCCUCCAGCCCGAGUCCAGGCCCAGCCCUCUGCACCCAGCCAGCGGCACGUGUGUGGCUUCUGUGGGAAGGAGUUCCCACGGAGCUCUGAUUUAGUCAAACACAGGCGUACACACACAGGGGAGAAGCCCUACAAGUGUGCGGAGUGUGGCAAGGGUUUUGGGGACAGUUCGGCCCGAAUCAAGCACCAGCGUGGGCACCUGGUCUUGAGGCCCUUUGGGAUAGGAGAUGAUCAGGCAAGGUCCCUCAAAGAGGAGCCACCAACGGGACUGGAAUGAUGGGGGCCGGGGAGGGUGGAAGGCCAGGAGACCAAAGGGAGGGUAUCUGUUUGCUAAGCAGAGGAAAUAGGGCCUGGGAGGUGGUUGGGGGGACAAAGGGGGGAGAACGGAGUGAAUAGGUAGAAAUAGAGAUUGGAGAUGGCCUUGAAGCUCACUCAGGAAAUGUCCUAGCUGGGCUCAGGACCUUAGGACUCUUAAGGAAACCUAAAUUCUUGCUGCCUCCCAAACUGUUAAGGAGUGAACCCUGGGGCUGGUGCGAUAGUACAUUGGGCAGGUGGACAUUUGCCUUGCAUGGGGCCAACCCAGGUUUGAUCCCCAGCCCCCCAUAUGGUGCCCUGAGCCCCACUGGGAGUGGUUCCUGAGUGCAGAACUAGGACUAGGCCCUGACUAUACAGCAGGGUGUGGCUCACAACCAAAAAUAAAGCUCUCCCAGCCAUGCCCCCAAACCAGGCUUGACUUUGUGAAUUGCAACAAUGGGACUCCUGGAAUUUAGGGGGAAUAGUAAGGAUAACUUUUUGGGUUGCUUCCAGUGGUACUCAGGGGCUUGGGGCCCAAGUGGUGCAGGGGCUGGAACCUAGGUUGCAAGCAUGUGUUCAGCCAGAGCUCACUCCUGGACAGCACAAGGAACCUAGUCUCAGGACUAACUCACCCCCAAACUGCCCUGUUGACACCUGGACGCUGGCAAAGUAGAUCCAGUGCAGCUGAAAACCUCAGUGGACAGCAGCAGGGAUGGGAGAAGGGCAGAGCAGAAGCCCCGGGGCCCAACAGCCACAACUGUGUCACCUCAAUAAACUGCUUCUUGUCUGAGG